GGGAGGAAGAAGGGUGGGCAGCAGGUCGAGGAUGCUGGGGAUGCUUCCUCCCUUCGAGCCAGAUUGUGGGCCUAGGAAACGGAGCUGUGUUCAAAAAGACUGCCCCCCUCCUCAACCACCGCUGCUUGCGCCCGUGCCCCCCACCACCAGAAUUGUUUAGUUGCAAAAGGGACUUGCUGCCGAGCAUUGGGAUCCCCCCGUCCCCCUCCCCCACCUUGGCAGAAUAAAUCCACUGUGCCCCGGUGCUGGGCUGAGCUGUGUUGUGUGCUGGGGCUCCCUCCGCCCUCUUCAUCCUCGGCCCUUGACCUUUGCUCCCAGGAGAGGGGGGUGGUCUCCUUUUGGAGACCCCGCUGCGGCUGAGCUGGCCAGAUUUGCUCUCUUUACACAAACACACCCCACCUCCCAUGCACAAAGCCUCGGUCUUUUUCUUGCUUGGAGGGAAUGGGGGGGGGGGGUGAGGGGCUGCGCUCGACAUUUGGGUGGCGGGCCCCUAACCCCCACAACGAGGUCGGAGUCCCCUCAGCACAAUUGGGCGUUCCCAGCCUCAGCCGCGGUCUAUUCGCCCGUUGUCUUCAGCCCCCGCCACCUCCUUGAGUGCCGAUCCCGGAAAAGCCCCUCCUUAGCCCACUCCUCAUUUGCAUUCAGGCCCCUGCUCGGCGAGUGAGCAAACUGGGGGGCGGGACUGGCGAGCGAGCGGGUGGCUGCGGAUUGGCCCAGCGCGGGAGGGCGGGGCGUUCGGGGCUGACCUCUCGGCUAGCUCAGCCGCCCUCCGGCCAGUGGAGUGCAAGCCUCGGUCCCGGGCGGAGCCGGGCGUGUGGAAGCAGCGGCCAGCCCCCCAGGCCAGCCGGGCCAUGCUGACCAAGGGCCCCGAGGCGCCGCCGCAGCUCCCGGCCCCGGAAUCCCCGGGCCGGCCAGACAAGGGCCAGGAGGCCCUGGAGGCUGCCUACCGCCUGGGGCCCCUACUGGGCAAGGGUGGUUUCGGCUCGGUCUUCUCUGCGCACCGCUUGGCCGACCGCCUGCAGGUUGCCGUGAAGCUGAUCCCCCGGAGCCGCGUCCUGGGCUGGGCCCCCCUGUCUGACUCAGGCCCAUGCCCACUGGAGGUGGCCCUGCUGAGGAAGGUUGGGGCUGGGGGUGGUCAUCGGGGUGUGAUCCAACUGCUGGAUUGGUUUGAGACCCCUGAAAACUUCCUGCUGGUGCUUGAGCGGCCAGAGCCUGGCCAGGAUUUGUUUGAUUAUAUCACUGAGCGGGGACCCCUGGGAGAUGGCCGCUGCCGCCACUUCUUCAGCCAGGUGGUGGCUGCUGUUCGUCACUGCCACGCCCGUGGCGUAGUCCACCGGGAUAUCAAGGACGAGAACAUUCUGGUGGACUUGAGGCGAGGAGAAGUGAAGCUCAUUGAUUUUGGCUCCGGUGCCCUGCUCCGGGAUGAACCUUACACUGACUUUGAUGGAACGAGGGUAUACAGCCCACCAGAGUGGAUCUCUCAGCAGCAGUACCAUGCCCUCCCAGCAACUGUGUGGUCCCUAGGCAUCCUUCUCUAUGAUAUGGCCUGCGGUGACAUCCCCUUUGAGCACGACCGAGAGAUCCUGGGGGCCCACCUCCACUUCCACUGCCGAGUCUCUCCAGGUUGUGAAGCCCUGAUCCGCCGUUGCCUGGCCCCUGACCCCGCCAACCGGCCCUCGCUGGAACAGAUCCUUCGUGACCCCUGGAUGCAGGACGGGGAGGACCACUUGGCCCUGGCUUCGGAGCUCCUACCCCCUGGGUCUUGCGAGGCCCCAGCGUCCUGUGAUGCCAGUACCUCGGAGUGGCCGGCUUUCUAAGCAGCGGAGGGGUGCGCACCUGUGUCCCCCCUCCGCCCUCCCACGGGACUGGUUGGUGAAGGUUUUGGUGUUGACCUGGUUUUACAGGUUGCUUAGAGAUGCUCCUCGGGACUUUACCCAGGGAACAGGGAAAGACCGGCUCCUAGGCCGUCCCUGUCCCCCCUUCUCUACCUGCUCUGGGGGAUGGAUGGAGACUUUUCCAGAUACUAGACACGCCCCCCUUCCCCCCUUCCCUCCAUAGGUUGUUUAGAGAUCCUGAAGUGGUAGGAAAGAAACCUGGGAGGUUGAGGUUGAGGUCCUUCCUUCCAACUAAGAAGUUUCCUGGAGCCAGCUGCCCUUCCCCACCCCCGUCCCUUUCCCGGGCUGAAAAGCCUGUCACCCAUUGCCCAAUGAAGUUCACUUCUUCACAUUCCCCUUAUGAUGGCGGCCACUGCCUGGAAGCCUGGGCCAAUGCUUUGGGCGGAUUGGCCACGGGCUGGCCCAGAGGACGCCGGGAGGGGGAAGGGAGGGCGGCGGGUGGCCAACGACUCAGCCCCUCCGAUUCGUGUGUGACAUUAAAGCGAGCCCUCGAGGCCCUUUGCAACCCCA